AAACAGCUCGAUGAUUCUUGUUACUUCUUUGUUACGUUUCACCCUCCCAUGCUGGCCGAAGUUGGUAUGAUCCAGUAGAGUGAGUGGGUGACUUGGUCGGGGAUAUCCAUGCUGCUUUAGUUAAGGGUAAGAAGGGGAGCUGGCAGCUUAUUGGGCACCAUGACUGAAGAGGAGCAGUUUGUGAACAUUGACUUGAAUGACGACAAUGUAUGCAGUAUCUGCAAGCUGGGCACUGACAUUGAGACCCUGUCGUUCUGCCACGUCUGCUUUGAGAUGAGCAUUGAGGGAGUAGCAAAGUCGGAUCUUCUGCACACUAGCUCUUUACGGGGUCACAAGGACUGUUUUGAGAAAUAUCACCAGAUUGCAAACCAAGACUGCUCCCGGUCCAAGCUUUCCAAGAGUCCCUACGAAGAAGUGAAAACUAUUCUCAGCAAAAAAAUAAACUGGAUUGUCCAAUAUGCACAAAAUAAGGAUUUAUAUUCGGAUUCAGAGUGUUCCAAACCGGCUCAACACAAGCUUUACAAGUUUAGACACCUGAAUGAGAAGAGUCUGCUUCCCCAGCACGACUCACAGGUUCCCAGGUAUUCCGAAAAGUGGUUGGACACUGGAGCUGGAGGUAUAGCCACAUGUGCUAAGGGGGUUUUGGAGAGGAAUAUGAGCGUUCUCCAGAAUUCCAACUCCACAUACUGCCAUAGUCAGCUGUGGCCUCAUCCCUGUAAGGAACAAAAGCCUAAAGCUAACCAUAACCAGCCGUCUGGACCCAAUGGUCGGAGAAGACACCAGCAUUACAACAAAGAAGAAUUGAGCUCGAUGAGCAGAGAAGAACUGGGACGUUUAAAUGAACAUCUCCUCCGGCAACUGCAGGAUGUGUUUGAAGACCUUAGUUGCGUUCUUCAGGAAAAAGAUGCCCUGUCUUCUGAACUCCACGUUCGUCAUGUUGCCAUAGAACAGCUGCUAAAAAACUGCUCAAAACUGCCGUGUCUCCAAGUGGGCAGAGCAGGGGUUAAAAUUAACACGACAAUCAAUAACUAGGUGACGUGGCUCCCAACUUGCACAAGGAACAUCUAGCCAGCCUCCUGUAGAUCCCGCACAGCUGUCUUCUUACAUUUCCUUUUUGCUUUUGUAUUAAAAAGCCAUUCCAGUAGGAUCGGAUGACAUUGGACAGCAUUUAUAGAUUCAGCCUGGGAUAGCUGGAAACGACAGCCCGAUACACCAUAUAAGGAAACCGAUAAGUAACAACACAAAGGUGUCUUAUCUAGGUUCUGGGCUGUGCCCGUCUCCUCAACAGUUAGUGUUGUCAACAGAGGUUCUCUUUUGGGUCCAUUAUCUAAAUAGGCCACUUGUCUUCCCGUAUAUAAAGGCAAUAAUUCCACCUUUUGCUCCUUUUUGGGGGGAAAAAAUAUUUUGGAUAUUUUCUGUAACUGGUCAGUAUUGUGACAAAUCAUGAAGCUCUUGUGCCUAUUUGUUAAAGAAUUUCAGACUAAGAACCAUAGCAGAUGGGAGGAUGCGUUAUUUCUGAAGGCAUCUAUAGUUGUAUAUUGCUCUUCCAAGAAUCUUUCAACUUGCAGACGAUGGACUGUUUUUUUUUUUUUGGGAAUUUUAUUUACCAGAAAAAAAGAAAAAAAAAAGGUUAAAAAAAGAAACCAAAAGUCACCAUUGCGUGAAAUGCUAAAAUUGUAUUGCUAGAAACUUUUUACAAAAGAUGUUUACAAGGAGCCUUUUUAUGAUCUACUGUUUUUUACAAAGAAAUAUUUUGGGUACUUUUGAAAUAGUUCUGUAUAAGAAGUUGCUUUUAUGUAUGUAUACUGCUUUGCACAUAAUAUUACCAUGUCUAAUGGGGAGAUACUGUUACAUUGUUCACUGUUUUUGCAUUUUUUCAAUGGGACUCUUUCGAGGGUGCUGAAUGCACUAGUGAAUCAUCAUAAUGGCGCACAUUUUUUCAACAGGGGAAUUGUAGUAUAAAAGGUAUUAGCCAAUGAAAAUAGUCAUUGGAUAGGUUGAUACAUGUAUGGUUGCAGGGUGGGCCCACUUCUGGGACUUCAACCAAUCACCAAAACAGAAUCCUGAACCCUGGAGAUAGCAGAGUUCUGGGGAUGGAUAAUCCAAUGUUUUUCAUGGUUUAACAUCUUUAAAGGUAUUUUCCAAGGUUACGACCUUUACUGCCUAUACUAAGGAUAGGCUACCAAUUUUUGAAAAUGAUCAUACAUGGGGAGAUCUUAGCCUAUUGUUAUUGGCCAAUAUCCGGGCUGUGUAGGAAGGACAAUCUUUGUGAUUACUCAGAACUUCCCUCUUUUGAUCUUCCCUUAUUAGUCAGAAUUGCAGCAAGGGGGAACUAGUAUGGACAGAUGUUUUACCGAAUGUUGGCAUUGGCAAGACCUCUACCAAUGCAUGGUUUAUAGGCCCAUGGAAAAGGAAGCAAAAACAUGCAAAUACUAGUUGGUGGGAUGAUCGCGUCUUUUGUGAGAAUGAUAAAAUCAUUGUUAAAGGCUGUAUAUCGCCCUGUUUAAUCAGGGACUGUGUGGCCAAUAAUGAUUAAUUUAAUGGGCCACGUGAUUGCUUGAGCCUUGUAAAGGCUUAUCAAACGAGCACUGAUCAAAAAUCACUGCCCGUUAUCUGCAGCAGGCCGGCCCGUGUAAAAGGGCCCUAAGCUACACAGAUGACUUCUAAUGCCUAACUCUUCCCAGAAGGGCACUUGACACUGUGUACACGACUUACAAGUGUAAUUUACAGGAACAUCAUAUAAAAUCGAGUCAAAUAUGCAAUUGAUCACAAUUGAUUUUAGAAGCAAGAUCAUGGUGCUAGAAAUCCACACAGUACAACCCUCAUGUCCUCACGUUCACUGUUCCCUAGGGAGUCAGGGGCCCUGGUUUAUCAAGAUUGUUGGGGUUUUUGUGUGAAAUGUUGUUUCAGACUUGCACGAUUUCACAGUUCUGACCAUCUUUUACUUGGUGAGAAUUUCCAGCCAUAUAUUCUCAUGGUUUUGGGUGAAUUUAUUAGUAAAUAGGUGGGGUCCAUCUUAAAUAAUAAAGCCACACUCCUAAUGAUUUUGGUAUGGAAUCCAGACUGUUUUUUUUUUGGGUGCAAAUUCUAGCGCAGACACUAGAGAUGAGCGAACUUACAGUAAAUUCGAUUCGUCACGAACUUCUCGGCUCGGCAGUUGAUGACUUA